CGUGACUGCCAAACCCACUGGUCGGUGCAGUCAGUAGCGUAUCCAGUGCUGAGUACAGUGAGUUCUUACAACUGCCCGUCUCUUACUUAACCACCCAGUUUAAUUACAGAAAAGUCAUUCUUCGUUCGAGGGAGGGAGAGACAAGAACGACAGGCGACUUGGCACAGAUAGUAAAUAAAUAGAACGGUCAAACGACAAGAAUCUAGAGUUAACUUAAAGGUACUUGGUGAAUUCGUUUAGCCAACUACCAAGAUAUCGCUUUACGUUUCUGUUGCUGUAGACAGAAGCAAAUCUGGAUUUAUCCAUUCAUUCGGAAGGCUACCGCUCGCCUCCAGCUCUUGCUGUUAGAUGCCUGGUUUCUAAUAGCUAGCUGUUGCCGGGGGCAGAUAGCCUACGCUGUGCACUGUCGGACGGCGACUUUUCAAAAAAGUUGCUAAGAACGAAAAUAAAACGGCUUCGAUUUUAAGGUCGAUAAAAGAGUCUGCUGAAGACGGGGAGCAUGGAGUCGACAAAAGCAGGAGGUGUAAUAGCAUACAUAAGCUCCUCAAGCUCCGCCUCCAGCCCGGAGUCCUGCCACAGCGACAGCUCCAACGGCAGCUACCAGUCCUCCUCACCGACCCAUAGCUCCUCCUCUUCCUCCUCCUCCUCCUCCUCGGGCAGUGGGCGGGGCCCGACGGCCGACUCCGCCCACCCGCACGCCCAACCCCGGACCCCCGCCGCAGCCAAGGCCGGGCGCUCCGCCUCGUCCGCCAAGGGCGGCAUUACGAAGAUCAGCGGCCUGGUGUUGCUGUGCAAGGUGUGCGGCGACGUGGCCUCGGGGUUCCACUACGGCGUCCACGCCUGCGAGGGCUGCAAGGGAUUCUUCCGGAGGAGCAUCCAGCAGAACAUCCAGUACAAGAAGUGCCUUAAGAGCGAGAACUGCCCCAUCGUCAGGGUGAACCGCAACCGCUGCCAGCAGUGCCGCUUCAAGAAGUGUCUGCUGGUGGGCAUGUCCCGGGACGCGGUGCGUUUCGGGCGCAUACCCAAGCGGGAGAAGCAGCGGAUGCUCCUGGAGAUGCAGAGCGCCAUGAACGACAUGAUGAACAACAGCCAGCUGCACGCCAACCAGGCCCCGCCCAUCGGAGACCAGGCCCCGCCCCUCGCCGACCUGGCCCCGCCCCUCGCCCACCUGACCCCGCCCCUCGGUGGCCAGUCCCCGGUGUCCGUCUCAGACCCCGCCCCUGGCGGCUCCAGCCCCGCCCGCUCCCGCUGCCUGCCCGCCCCCUCGCCUGGGCGUGGCCAGCAGGAGCCCCGCCCCGACCCAGAACCCCCGGUCGCCAUGGACACCUCCUCGAGCUCCGCCUCCUCCUCCAGCGGGUCGGAGAGCGGGGAGGAAGAGGUCGUCGGCACGGUGACCAGGGCUCACCAGGAGACCUUCAUGUACAACCAGGAGCAGGAGGAGAGCCCGGCCCCCAGUGCCCCGCCCCCUCAGGGGCGUGGCCAUGGAGAGUCAGGAGGCGUGGCCCAGGAGAACCGGGAGGGCUGGAACCAGCGGAACAACAUCGCCAGCAUGGCGCUGGGGCCUCGCCCACUCCCACCCGCCAUGGGCCACUACCGCGAAGACCCCGCCCACAGCUACUGCCCCGCCCGGCUGGCCGACAGCGCCCCCUCUGGCCACUGCCCCGCCUACGCGCACAGCUUUCACAGAGCCCACGGUCUCCAGCACAACAUGGCCGCCCAUGGGGCUUUCAGGGGCCCUCUCUGGAGCGGAGGCAACAGGAUGCACCUGGUGUGCCCCAUGAACGUCUCCCCGCACGUGGACCCCCACACGUCUGGCCGGGACGUGUGGGAGGAGUUCUCGCUCAGCUUCACCCCGGCGGUGCGCGAGGUGGUGGAGUUCGCCAAACGCGUCCCGGGGUUCCGGGACCUGUCGCAGGCCGACCAGGUCAGCCUGCUGAAGGCGGGGACGUUCGAGGUGCUGGUGGUGCGCUUCGCCUCGCUGUUCGACGCGCAGGACCGCACGGUCACCUUCCUGAGCGGUAAGAAGUACGGUGUGGAGGCCCUGCGCUCCAUGGGCGCCGGACACCUGCUCACCUCCAUGCUGGACUUCACCCAGAAGCUGACGGCCCUGGGCCUGAGCGAGGAGGAGAUGAGCCUCUUCACUGCCGUCGUGCUCGUCUCUGCCGAUCGUUCUGGGAUAGAGAAUGUGAACUCUGUGGAGGCCCUGCAGGAGACGCUGAUUCGGGCCCUGCGGAGUCUGAUCAUGAAGAACCACCCCAACGAGGCGGCCAUCUUCACCAAGCUGCUCCUCAAACUGCCCGACCUCCGCUCCCUCAACAACAUGCACUCCGAGCAGCUGCUGGCCUUCAAGGUGCACCCCUGACUCCGCCCGCCAGGGCUCCUCCACCAAUGGGAGGCGGGGGACACUUCCCGCGGACCACGCCCACUGCCCUCGUAAACACUCAGUGGACUCCUCUCUCCUGGUCGUGGUGUUCUACGCUCGGAUCAGAAGGUUCUGCGUCUUGUUAGUGAUCAGGAGGAUGGAUUAGUGGACAGACAGAAAAAGCUAACAUAAAAUGUGUUUUUGUGUUUAAAGGAAGGCAGUUAAAUCAUUGUACUGUAUAAAAAAAAAACUAGAAAAAAAAGCCCUUUUUGUAAGAGGCCUGUAAAUUGUGGUUAUGCACACACACACGCAUGU